AAUAAAGGACGUAAAUACGAGAUGUUGAUCGCUGGCGCGGCUGUGGGCGUUGCUUGCUGCUUUGUUGCUCCCGUAGGAGGUGUGCUAUUCAGCGUGGAGACGACGGCCACGCAUUUCGCCGUACGGAAUUAUUGGCGCGGGUUUUUCGCCGCCACGUGCGCGGCGCUGAUGUUCCGGGUGUUAGCCGUGGUGAACAACGAGCAUGAGACUGUUGCAGUUCUUUUCAGUACGAAUUGGAGGGUGGAAUUCCCCUUUGACCUCCCGGAAUUCCUGUCUUUUGCCAUCCUAGGGGUCAUCUGUGGCUUCCUCGGUUGCCUCUAUCUAUUCUGCCACAGGAACCAUCACAAUGGUUCCUGGCGGGCAAUCACAAAAACAAUCUCCAAAUUUCAUGCAGCUAGCAUCUGUAGUGACUCUGUGGUAUCCGGUGACGUUGGCUGCAACGUGGAGGUCCCGUGUGCGUGGCCACCAAGGUCCUCCCUGGAGAUGUUAACGUUCUUCAUCACCCUCAAGUUCUUCAUGCUGUUGUUGGCCACAACUAUGGCAGUCCCAGCCGGAUAUUUCCUGCCGGUCUUUGUUUACGGUGCUGGUCUCGGCCGCCUGUAUGGGGAGAUAAUGGCGAAGAUCUUUCCGGAAGGAAUCGUAUCGGAGGGGAUACACAUCAAAAUCACCCCAUCGGGGUACGCCUUGGCGGGAGCGGCAGCUUACUCGGGCGCGGUGACCCACACGCUCUCCACGGCGCUGCUGGUCUUUGAGCUGACGGGCCAGAUGUCGCACAUCCUGCCGGUGCUGAUGGCGGUGUUGUUGGCCAACGGCGUUGCCCAGCGCUGGCAGCCCUCGUUCUUCGACGGGAUCAUCAUGGUCAAGAAACUCCCGUACCUGCCCAAGCUGGCAGCGGGCAAGACCGGAGCCCACGAGAUCUACGUCGAGGACUUCAUGAUGUCCGAGCUGAGGUUCGUGGCCAAGGACCACAAGUACAAGGACAUUCGGACCCUGCUGAAGAACAGCGAGCUGAAGCAGUUUCCCCUGGUCGACUCCACAGAGUCCAAGGUUCUCCUGGGGUCUAUUAAGCGUAAGAACUUGGUGAACCUCCUUGCCGAGCAACUGAGUCCUGUCAGGAGACUGGAGUUUCAUCAGGAGCAACAGCAGAUCCUUAAGGAAUCAUCAGUUGAUCACGAGAUUGUUCCAAGUUCCAAAAUAAAUACUUCUGAAGGUCCUAAGACUUCUGACGAUGAGCCAUCCAAGGGGCAGGAUGAAAUCUUCCUCGAAAAUGAAGAGGCCCAGAUUGGGGUAGAACGCUGGCCAGGCAAGAAAACCAGGAAGAAGAGGUUUCGAUGUUACACAGUGGGCGGAGAAGAGGUGUUCGACAUGAUGACAACAAACGAGGUGGAGGAGUGGGAAUACCAUCAGUUUCAAGAAGGCCUUCGUUUGGACGAGUGUGUCGUUGAUGCUGCUCCCUUUAGGCUCGUCGAGAAAGAAACACUCUACGAGUGUUAUGACCUGUUCAACCUUCUGGGGCUCCGGAUCGCAUAUGUCACCUCCACCGGGAGGCUGGUCGGUGUGGUGGCUCUGAGAGAGCUGAAGGGAGCUGUCGAGAGCUGUGUGAAGGGCGAUCCAGUCGGAGGGGGUCCACCCGUCGUGGGGGGGCCAUCGCAGAAGGUCGCGCUCGUCGAGAACGAAACUGCCAAGGACGUCUGAGAGACCGCUGGGCUCCGCAGGGUGUUGAAUGUUUCCUCAAUAAGGAUUGUAUCAUAGUUGUAUAGUAGUUCAUUAUGGAUACAUGUUUGUAUUGUAUUAUGGUGGUGGUUAGAAACAUAGAAACAUAGAAAUUAGGUGCAGGAGUUGAGGCCAUUCGGCCCUUCGAGCCUGCACCGCCAUUCAAUAUGAUCACGGCUGAUCAUCCAACUCAGUAUCCCGUACCUGCCUUCUCUCCAUACCCCCUGAUCCCUUUAGCCACAAGGGCCACAUCUAACUCCCUCUUAAAUAUAGCCAAUGAACUGUGUGGCCUCAACUACCUUCUGUGGCAGAGAGUUCCACAGAUUCACCACUCUCUGUGUGAAAAAAGUUCUCCUCAUCUCGGUUUUAAAGGAUUUUCCCCCUUAUCCUUAAGCUGUGACCCCUUGUCGUGGACUUCCCCAACAUCGGGAACAAUCUUCCUGCAUCUAGCCUGUCCAACCCCCUAAGAAUUUUGUAAGUUUCUAUAAGAUCCCCUCUCAAUCUCCUAAAUUCUACAGAGUAUAAACCAAGUCUAUCCAGUCUUUCUUCAUAAGACAGUCCCGACAUCCCAGGAAUCAGAAUAAAAUAGUUUCUUUAUUGUCAUUGUAACAUGAACCAUGUACAACGAAAUUUUAAAAUGUCAGCCAGUCAGUGCCCCAUUCAAACAUUUCUAAAAGCUAAUGAUACAUACAAGAUAAAAUAUUAAAAGAUAAACAACUAAAAUAAAUAUCAUGAAAAUAGCACGCAUAAACACCCAACCCUCCAUCCUUCUGUCGAUUCCACAGUUACCACAGUCCCUUAGUCUGUAUCGCCCCUGCGUUCCUUGGCGGCUACAUUUAGUGCCUUUAUAGCAGGGGGGUAAAAACUGUUUUUUAGUCUGUUCGUCCUUGUCCUUGUAGAUCUGUACCGUCUGCCUGACGGCAACAGUUCAAACAGGGAGUGUCCGGGGUGGGAAAUGUCCUUUAUGAUACUCUGGGAUUUUUUGAUGCAGCGGGAACUGUGUAAGUCCUCCAUGGUGAUAUGAUAUGAUAUGCCAUUUAUUGUCACUAUACAUGUACAGUGAAACUGAAAGCUGCUCGUACUCGGUGCAUACAUACAAUUUAGCACAAAAAACAAGAGACAGAAAA